UUUUUGCUUUUGUUUGCUCACCAUAUUGCAUUGCAUCAACUAAAACAAAAAUUACAAGUGUGGAACAGUUCUUCAUAUAAAAAUAUGUUGAAGCACGAUCUUUCCGAUCAAGAAAACAUGUCUUCGUUUUUUUUUUCUUCGUAAUUUUCAAGCUACAUGCAUUAGGCAACUCAAACAUGAAGAAAGGACUAAAUUAAGUGCUGUUGACGCAGCUGAUGUGAAUGCUGAGAGCAAGUUUCAGCCAUUGCAAAAUGCAUCAAACCCUCAAGAACUAAAAGUGAAGAGGUCCGACUUCCCCAUUGAUUUCGUGUUCGGAGUGACUGCUGCUGCUGCACAAAUGGAAGGAUCUGCAAAGGAAGCAGGAAGAGGACCAAGUGUCUGGGACUACUACAUUGAGAAAUUCCCAGGACGGAUUGCAGACCACACGAACAUGUUUACCGCCAUCGAUUCAUACAAGCGAUACAAGGAAGAAGUGAAGAAUCUCAAGGACCUUGGAGUUGAUUCUCACAGAUUUUCCAUCUCUUGGACCAGGAUUCUUCCUACGGGAACCUUGAGUGGUGGAGUAAACCAAGAGGGUAUCGAUCACUACAACAACUUCAUCAAUGAACUAAUCAAGAAUGACAUCACACCAUUUGUGACCAUAUUGCACUUUGAUCCACCACAAGCUUUGACAGACAAGUAUGGCGGCAUCCUCAAUCGCUCCUUCGUGAAAGAUUUCAAGGAUUACAGUGAACUUUGUUUUAAACUUUUUGGAGAUAGGGUGAAAAAUUGGUUUACAAUCAACGAGCCGUGGAUCAUGGCGAAAAUGGGGUACGACAAAGGCGUUGGUCCGCCGGGCAGGUGUUCUGUUCAAACUGUAUUUCCAUGUACAAAUGGUGGUAAUUCAGCCACGGAACCUUACAUUGUGGCACACCACCUUCUCCUUGCCCAUUCUUCAGUCGUUGAGCUAUACCGGAAGAAAUUUCAGGCGAAAUGCUCACACUGAAUCUGUUGAAAUGAAUGAAGCCUUGUCUUUUGAGUAUCUCAAAUUAAUGAGAUAAAUGUUCUUUCUUGGUUGAUAUUGGUUUUUAGGAUAAACAAGGCGGACAAAUUGGAAUUAGUCUUGUAGGACAAUAUGUCAUGCCUUAUUCGAAUUCGGCAGAAGACAAAGCUGCAGCAGAAAGAAUAUUAGACUUUGAACUUGGAUGGUUCAUGGAACCAUUAGUAUAUGGAUCAUAUCCAGAGAGUAUGAGACGUUUGGUCAAGGACAGGCUACCACAUUUCACCAAGGAGGAGGAGAAGAUGAUCAAUGGAUCCUUAGGUUUUGUCGGCAUCAACUAUUACUCCACAAGAUAUGGUAGAAACGUCCCAGCAAAACCACAAGGACCAAUCUCUUAUAGCGACGAUCUUUUAGCUUUGGCGUUGAUCAAAAAUGAAAACGGAACCCAAAUUGGUCCUCAGGCUGGAGGAAGUCGGUUCGUCUACAGUUACCCACAAGGCCUGGAACAACUUCUAAAGUUUAUGAAGAAGAAGUACCAGGACCCUAAAAUCUACAUUUCUGAACAUGGAAUAACUGAGGCAAAGGACGAUAAACUAAGACUUAGUGACGCACUUAAGGAUCCACAUAGAAUUGAAUCCAUUCUUCGCCAUUUGUACCGGAUCAAGAAUGCAAUGAAGAGUGGUGUGAAUGUCAAAGGAUAUUUCCACUACACGUUAUCUGAUAAUUUUGAAUGGGGAGAAGGCCAUAUCCCAAGAUUUGGGCUUUACUAUGUCGACUACAAAGACAAUCUCAAGCGCAUUCCUAAGGGGUCUGCUAAGUGGCUCCCUAAGUUCCUAAAGGGCGAGGCUUGACGUAGUCAAGUUUCGUUAUAAAAGCUCAUCUACUUUCUUGCACACAAAUGCAGAAAACUGUAAAGAAAGAGUGGUAAAAUAUGUGCUAUAUAUGCCUUGAAUGUUCUGUUUUAUAGGCUAGGUAUUUCUGUGGGAAUGCCCUGUACUUUUAAUACUGGCAUAGGUUUGCAAUAUAGUUGUUAUAUUGCAAGCAAAACAAUCUUACAUCAACUUCUUUGAUGGUCCAAUAUCCUAGUGGAUAGGGUGUUGGUUUUUCAUCCA